AUGGACGCCGAGUCUGUCGAGCGAAUUUCCGUUCCUUGUGAACAUAUGAACAAGCGCAGCGAAGAGCACCGGACAGACCUCGCCGCGCGGCCGUUCCAGGAAUCAGAACCAGGACCUGCGGAUCGCCGAAGGCAGGAUGCUGUCGAUGGUCCUCCAACAGCUAGCACCCACAGGCAUGACCCGAAAUGUGGAAACAAUAUGGAAGACAGGAGGCCAGGAAACCAAGGGAGAGGCGUUGGACAGAGCAAGAACGGCGACAGUAGCGGUCGAUAUCCACCUUACAUGUACAGACCAUCUUGCACCACCGCCCUUGGUGCAACCGGUAUGAUUCACUACUGGAACUGCGAGACCGGCAAUCUCGUCUCUGCUGUGAUGAAACACCUCAGCGGUUCGGAGCAGGUGGAGUUCUGGAGACUGGAGAACAAGGACACAGGCCCCCAUGAGCCGGUGCACGACGACGGUCGCGUUAUGACGAGGUGGAUGACGCCUGAGGAGAAUCGUCAGUUCUGUGCAGAGAUAGCACGUAUUCCUGGGUGUGCGUGGAUGGCUGUAGAUCAGACACGGAGCGCCUGGAGAGAAGCCGGAUACGCUCAAGAGGAGGCGUUUAACUAUGGUGUAGAGCCUGUUCCUCGAAAUGUCUGUUAUCCAUCGUACGUUCCUGGGUGGCACCAGCAAUAUUGGCCGAGGUGGUACCGCUGA